AUGCGGCAGGAAAAACAGCAGGCGACGGAGCGUCAGCUGCAGGAGCUGUCUGAGCGGGUAGCGGCACUCCAAAUGGAGAGAGACCAGCUUGAAAGGGCAGUUGAGUCUGCCACAAGCGGCCUGCAGGGGUUGCAGCAGGGCGGUAGCAGCGCAAGCGCAGAGGCAAUGCCACUAGAUGGCGAGGUGGCAGUAACCUUCUGCUUUGGCGAAGCUUCUGCGCAGCUGCAGCUGACUCAGGGGCAGGUUAGGGCCCUCACAAUCGAGGCCAUGGCUGAUAUCUGGAAGACACUGGUGCAAAAGAUGCGAGUGAUUUUGGAACUGGUGGAUGCUUCUCCAGCAGCCAACCGCCUGCGGCCACGACUAGAGGGAUUGGUGCACGAAACAAUGAGGUUCCUGUGGGCUCUGGUCGAUUUGAACCCCCACAUGCUACGGGCGCUCAACAUCUGCAAUGUGGAGGCCCCCGCUGCCAGCGUUGCACAGCCCUCCCUGAAUGCACCCAGAGAUUGGCCAGUCAUCCUUGCGCGCAUGCAGCUGACGGAAGGGCAGGCGCAUCAACUGCUGGCUUGCAGGCGAACGCUUCUGUGCGAGCUGGGAGUACUCAUUUCAGAGUGGGACCAGUUGUGGUCAGAGCUCCAGAGCAUCAGGGAUGUGGAUGAGAAGCCGGAGGGCGCAGUCAACCACUACGUGGAGAUCGCGGCACUCAUCGAGCGGCUGCGCGCAAACGUGGACGCCCUCUCAACCUGCCGAGCAUUCUACCUCUCCUUUGCCUACACACGGGUGCUAUCACCGGUGCAAGUGGCGCGAUAUCUGGUGGAAUCCUACCCGAUGGGCCCAGACAUGUUGUCCCUCGUGACCUGCCUCGCCACGCAAGGCAACGAGCCCUCCACCCGCGACCUUCUUUCCAUGGCACGCCCCGGGGCGGCCGCCACGGCCGGCGCCGGUUCUAGCGCGGCGUUCGGCGCCGGGGGCGGUUCUGCGACGGCGUUCGGCGGCGGGGGCGGGUCUCACACGGCGUUCGGCGCCGGUGGGGCCACUUCCAGCGCGGCGUUCCCUGCCAUGGGCACUUCUAGCGCGGCGUUCGGCGGCGUGGCCGGUUCUGCAGCGGCGUUCGGCAGCGGGAGCAGUUCUCACGCGGCGUUCAGCGGGCCAGGAGAUUGGCGCCAAGCGCUGGUUCACCCCUUGCGAGUGCUGCACAGCAGGUCACCACCUGCCAGCAGCCAGCAAGGCCACAGAUGA